AUUCAAUCAAGUACUUUCGAAAUUAGGGCCUAUGAUGAUACUAAUUCUUGGUGAAUUGAGUUUACUGAGGCUGUUGAAGUAUUCUAUAAGCUGGACUACUGUUAUGAAUCAAAUUUAUAUUAAUUCAGGUCAUUGGUAUUAUGAACUUUGCUUCUUUGACAAUUUUGAUUAUACAUUUCUCAAAAACUUACUUUUACCAAAUUGUUCAUCCAGUUCAUUAGAUAUUUUGAAUCAGAUUCAAUUAAGUACUUUCGAAAUUAGGGCCUAUGAUGAUACUAAUUCUUGGUGA